UGUUGCGCGGCUAGACAUGAUCUCCGCUAGAGAUUUACACCCUGUGGCAGUAGUGUUCAGUACGUGAUUAGACAUGGUGUUUGCUUUAUUGUUGGAACUUAUACUCUUAAUUCAAUACGUGGUAGCGAAUGAGGAGGCUAGCCUCAAUGAGACACUUAUUGAAUGUAAGGACCGCACCUACCUUGACAACUGUCUCAAGAAACUUCCGCCGAUCCUUGAGAAGUCAGAAAUGAAAGGAAUCCCAAGUUCCAAAAAAGAUGUUGAUGCAUCCUGCAGUGCAUUCAAAAUAGGAAUGGGUUGCAUGGAUGACUUCGCCAAGAAAUGUCUUUCCCACCAGGACAGACAGACGCUGGAGGCUCAUGUCGCCGGCGCCAGACACACGUUCAAGUUCCUCUGCGACGAUCCUGUUUUUCAAGCAGAGUACCUACAGUACACAUCCUGUUACAAGGCGAUCAGCAAGGACUGGGACAACUGUGCUAACCGGUUUGUUAGUCUGGUCAGAGAGGAGGUCAGCCGCAAAAACUACACUAUGGAGUCCAGAUUACUAGAGCUGUGCUGUGCUAGACACGGUUUCCUCAAGUGCGUGUACGUCGCCAGCAGGCUCAAAUGCAAGAAAGAAGAGGCUCUUUUCAUCAAGAAGAUCGCGGACACCCUGUCCAACAUGAGGGUGUACUCAAAGCACUGCAGGAACGUGGAUGUAGCGUUCUGUACCGGAGAAGGAACAACUUUCACUAGUAAUUUCCUUACUCCUUGGCUGCUGCUGUUUUUAUUGUCUUUCAUUAAGUAGCUUUACUAAAGCUUGUAUACAUUCCUUUGUAAAUCACUGUACAAAUCUCUGUUUAGAUUGUAAGGAUAAAUAUUAAAAAUGUA